AUGGUUCUCCCUCGCUUUCUAUCCCGCGGCAUGGCCGCCCUGCUCGCCGUCGCGCCCCUCGCCAUGGCCCGCCCGGGCGCGCGGUCGCAGGCCGAGAACAAGGCCAGCGUCGAGGCCGUGAACAACGUGACGCCCUACAACGCCACGUCCAUGAACCUGGACCAAAUCGUGUCGGCCCUCGCCAUCGGCCCGCCGGCGGCGCUGCCCCAGCGCGCCACGGCCAACGACCUCCGCUGGCAGCCCUCGCUCGACUUCGACCGCGACGGGUGCUACAACGUGCCCGCCAUCGACGCCUACGGAAAAGUCGCCGAGGGCCUGCCGCACAACUGGGUCAGCGUGUCGAGCGACUGCCGCGACGCCUCGGACCUGGACAACAACAACGUGUACGCGCGCCAGCGGUGCAACGGCGACUGGUGCGUCUACUUGUACGACUACUACUUUGAAAAGGACGUGGCUAUCCAGUUCUUCCUCGACGUCGGCCACACGCACGACUGGGAGCACAUCGCCGUGUGGGUCCGCAACGGCAAGGCCGAGUACGUGGGCGCGAGCCAGCACGGCAACUUCGAGAUCAAGGCCGCGUCGCAGGUCCGCUGGGACGGCGAGCACCCCAAGCUCGUGUACCACAAGGACGGCGCGUCCACGCACUGCUUCCGCUUCGCCAACGCUGCGGACGAUGCUAUCGAGAACCACAAGGGCGUGUGGUUCCGCGGGCCGCUCAUCAGCUGGAACGGCUUCCCCGCUGGCAUUCGCGAUAUCCUGGCCGCGCAUAAUUUCGGCAAGGCGAACCUCGCCCUCAAGGAUGCGAGCUUCCCGGGGACCUUGUCCAAGGCGAAGCCCUCGGCUGUGACUUUUGACGUCAACCUGGACGUCGGUUCACCCGGGACACCUUGA